GUGACUGGAUGUGAGGAGGACUAAUUUUCUACUUCUUGUUUUAGAGUUCUCUGUCCAUUCUGUCUUCUGAUUCAUAUUUGGCAAAUAGAUCACAAGACCACCUUUUUAUAAGAGGCAGAGGGGAAAAGGGUAGGGAAUGGAGGGGAAAAUCCUUUGUGAACAUUAUGUAGAAUCUUAUCCAUUGUGAUCAUUCUGUAGAAUUCUGCCAUCUCCACCUGGAUUGUGAUGUAGUGUUUCAACUAAGGAGUUAAUAGGUAUCUAGAGGCCCAUGAACUAUAUUAUGAAAUGGCCUCCAACAAAAUGGAAAUGAAAGAGAUUACUAAACCCAAGGCGCUAUGGAAAAUGAGCUCACCCAGUGAACCUUCAUUAUUUACUGGUGUAGAAGUCAGUGCUUUAAAGAAAUUUACCAUUCCCAAGAUCAGGAAGACAGCUGAGAAAGUUUAUUUGUCACCUUGUUGCACCAAUACUAGAGAGUAUAGUUUCAUACAUGAUACUCUCAACCAGUGCAGGCUUGAUGUAAGCUGUGAUCUGCAAUUGUCGUGGCAGUUUGGUGACACAAAACUUGUCCACAAUGAAGAUCUGGAAAAAAAAUUCACUGCUAAGAGGUCUGAGAUGCGAGAGAACGGAAGACAUGGCAGAGAACUUGAGGAGCAUUUCUGCUUUUUAGCACUUCCUCAAAGUGAUGUGGCAGAGAUAUAUCAGAAAGGAAUAAGUACCAAAUCCUCUACACUGAAGAUUCUAGGAAAUCCUCUUCUUGGAAUUUAUAUAUUUAGACACGUUGAUAUUGCCUUGAAUUAUGCUCAUAGUCACAGCAUUACUGUGGAAAAUAUUAUAAUUUUUAAGGUUCUAUUUGGAAAAGUAAAGAAAAUUCAGCCUUCGGUGGAUAAAAACAAAGUUGCUUUAGAUCCUUCUCCUAACUUUGAUUGUCACAUGUCAAGAAGUGUACCUUCUCUAAAAGAUACCAUCGAGCUACAAGCCUACAGUUCAAUGGUGUACUUCUAUGAAUACAGUAUUCUUUCAAAGCCAGUAGACAGACCUAGGCAGUGUCUUCCAUAUGCUAUAGUAACAGUAAAAUUUAUUGGUCAGAGAGUAGAUAAUGGACACCUUAUGACAUCUUUAAGAUUCCUCUCAACAGGAUUGCCUAAGAGAGCUGAAAGACCAUGCUCUCUGAAUAACUGUACAGUGGCUAAAAGAAUUGGAAAAGGAAAAGAUGCUACUGUCAUCUUCGAGCAUUUCAGGAAACCUACAGAUCCAUUUGUUCAGGAAAAUUGUUCGUGUAAUUCACUAAAUUCAGAGAAAAAUCUUUCCAACUCAGAUAUUUCUAAUUCUUAUGGAAAUAUACAAAAUGGAAACAUUUCUACACUUGAAACAUACAGUGGACAGGCAGACCAUGAUUUAACAGAAAUUAGGGGCACUGCUCAAGCAAAUGGACAUGAUUCCAAUCUUUCAUGUAUGCCUAAUGAUAAUAGAGAAAGUGUUGAUGGUGACCUUUUGUUAAAUUUGACGUAUCUUAAAAGUAUUUUAAGUAGUCUUUCUACUGCUUUUCCCCUUCAUAACAAUCCUGAAUCCAGCACAGUUAUUACUUCAAAACUCAUCAAAGAUCCAAGACUGACAAAGAGAGAAGAAAGCCUAGGAAAACAGAAAAAUACUGCCAGUUUUAAUGAGAUUGUACCAUUCGAGAAGAGUUUGGAUUGCAUUAAUUCAGAAAUAAAUCUGUCAUCUGUGCCAACAAAUUCCACCAUCUCAUCUGAAGUUGUCCCUGGUGACCCUGCUGUUCUUGCUAAUUGUGUGGAUGCUCCUUGCUUCAGAUUUUCUGUUGACGAAACACAAUCUCAGGUUCACCACAUGGACUAUAGGGACAACCAUUGUAUAACUCCCAGUAAAGUUACCAUGACAGAACAAUGGAAGGACCAAGGCAAUGUUUCCUUCCCAAUUUCUCUGUCAAAUGUUGUUUCAGACAAUGAGACUCAAAAACACAGUGAGGAAAAAUCCCAGAGAGCCCAACAGAGAAGCAGCAGUCCAUUUUUAAUUAAGCACAGAAGUGAGCCAUAUGACUCUUAUAAAUCAGCAAAUACUUAUACAGAAGAAAAUAGUAGUCAAGUUCCUCAAGAAUUACAGUCUUCAAAUUUAAAAACUGUGGAUCAUAUUGGCCACCAAAUAUCUACAGUUUUCCCACUCCACAAGAAAGAAAGCAUAGAUGAGUACAUUCAAAGUCUUGGAAAGAUGAGAAACUUCACUGAACCAGAAGAAAAUUCCAGACAUGGAGAAAACCACACUUUUUGGAAAGAAAUUAACUAUUUUACUAAUGAAACAAAAGUCAGUCCAGUAGAUAAUUGUAUUUCAUUAAACCAAGAAUAUGAAGAGAAUGACAUUCUUGAUUCUUUUCAGAAAAACUAUGAUAAAAUAUUAAUUUCUCAAGAGUUAGAAAUACCAAAAUCUUUCACAUCAACCACAAAGGAUCCAAGUGAACUAGAUCAUCCAACUAUGGAAUUACAAAAUAAUCUUACUCCAAGUAUAGAGAGCCUUUCACAAAAUCAGCACUCUUUAGAGUAUGAUGAUAGCAUUCACACAAACUUUCCCAUAGCUCAGAAGUUAAUGGAACUGAAUUUGGAAAAAGCAGAUCAAAAUUGUGUUAACAUUUUGACUGACGGUUUACAGGAAGCAGAAAACAUUCCCCAAGACAAAGAAGUACUCGUUGGUAAAGUUAUUUCAUCUUGUGCCAUUGAAACAGCUUAUGAUAAUUCAAAUUGCAGUGUAAGUGGAGAAUAUACAUGUGUUCACGAGAAUAAUGAAAAUGAGCCAAUGUCAUUAGAGAACAUUCAGAGAGACAACAAACAGACUCUUAAUGUUGAAGAUGAAUGUCAAUAUCACACUGUUUUCUGCAAUGCACAACUGAACAAUGAAACAUACUUGAGUAUUAAUUACAGAGAACAAAGAGACAGUGAUAAAGAAAACAAAAAUGAGGAUAAAAAGGAAUAUAGUGCAUCAUCUUCAGAAAACAGCAUAGAGAAUAUAUGUGUAGACAAGAAGGAUUUUCAUACAAACAUCAAUUUGACCAGUAUAGAUGAAGAAAGAAACAAUAAAAAUUACAACAAAGUAGAAACUCCUUGUUCUGAAGGAUUUUCUUCUACAGUUAACUUGAUUUGGGGAGCAAAAUAUGAAUCAACAGAAGCUGCAUUAUUGGAGAGCAAAGAUACUGACAUAAAACAAAAAGAUACUCUAAAUACUGGAAGGAGCGUAGAGCAUUUGGAUGCUAUAACACUUUCUGAAAUUCCAGGUUCUUCAGUGUGUGUUACAUCAAAUACUACAGGACAGGUAGCUGAUGCUACUUUGCCUGUAUUAAACACAAGUCAUGACCACCAAAUAUACCAGCCUAAAAAAUCUUACUCUUCUGAGAAUCCAGAUUUUGGAGUUUCUGAUUCUGAAAUUGACAUAGAUAAAAAUAAAUUACAGGAUUCAUUUCAUCACGCAAAAAAUGAGAAUUUAGUUCUUCAAAGUGUUGAAUUAGAAAAUGAGAUUGAACUAGGAUCAGAACAGGAUGAUGAUGCUUUUCUGUUUCAGCAAGAUACACAUAGCCAUGAGAGUGUGCUUGAUGAAGAAUUUGAGGCUUCGUAUGAGGCUCUGAAGUGUCGAAUAGACUGGGAAGGUCUCCUAGGAAGCAGUAACGGGGAGACAGGAGCCAUGGAAAGCACUGCCAGAAGGGAGGAUAGUGAUCAGCACUGCUGUAAGGAAAGUAAUUCUAUCUGUUUUCCAUCACAGAAAAACACAACAGAGAUGCUCAACCCAAUUUUACUUCCAGAUCUACAAGUUACAGUUACUAAUAUAUUUAGGCUAGAAUUCAGCCCCACUUUUGAUUAUGUUAGGUUGAAGGAUAAUUUUUACAAAUCUACAACUGACUCCACAAAACAAGAAAUAAAUAAGAAGGGGGAAACUCCAGGAUUUGAAAUUUUUUCCCAGUUGUCAGGGGAAAAUUCAGCUUUCCCAUGUGAAGAUAAAUCUGGUAAUAUAAGGCAAGAAUCAGGACCAGGGAGUAAAUCUGAAGUCUCCCUUUGUUCUGACUUGAGUCAAAAUCCGCAGGUGAAUCUCACAUCUGAAAGACAAAAUAGGGACUCUUCAUUUACUAAACCUUCUGAUGUCACAAUAGUAAAUGAUGAAAGUUCCUUUAAAAAAUCAAAAACUGAUCAUAAUGAGACAAAUAAAAAGGACAUGGAAUCAAGAACUAGCAAAAGAAAGCUACGCACAUCUUUCAGAAGUCAGAACAUACCACAUAAUGAUUUCAGACAGCAUGAAAUUUGUCGGAAGAAGAGGAGGCUAUCUAAUCAAGAUUCAUCGGAAUGUUUUUCUUCAUUAUCCCAAGGACGGAUUAAAACAUUUUCAUUGACAGAAAAGCAUAUUAGGAACGUCCUGGAUAUUCUAAAUAAUGAAGCAUCUUUAUGCAAAAGCAAACGUCUUUCCAGAAAACUUGAUAGAGCUGUUCUUCACUUAAAAAAAGCUCAUAGAAGAGUUCACACAUCUUUGCAGCUUAUAGCUAAAGUGGGAGAAAAAAGAAAGGGUCCAUUACCAAAAGCAUAUGCAAUAAUAUGCAAUAGUUUUUGGGAAAGUUGUGAUCUUCAAGGUUAUAGUCCUGUGUCUGAAAGAAGAUACUAUUCCACUAAGCAUUUUUUACCAAAAAGAAAAUAUGACAAACAGGGAGAGAAAAAAGCUUCAGAAUUUGAUGUUGCUAAGUCAUUAACCAGUGUGUCAAAGCAUAAUUCUUAUAAAACAAAUGGAGAAAGAAUCAAAAAGUGCCUUUCCAAGAAAAGUAUGAUCAGCAACAUCUCCAGAAGCCAAGCCACUGUUCAUGUGACAGAGUUUUGUCAUCAAGAACAUCGCAAAUCACAGGUGUCAGUAUCCUCUGCAUCCCGAAGUACAAGUCAAUCAAUAUAUAUUAAUAGCUGUAUGAGUAAUCCAUUAUCAUCAGAACUUCAGCCUUUUUCUGGGAAAACUGAGUAUCUGUUUCCUCCAGACCAUCCAGUUGAGGAACUAACUGAAAAAGAAAAUCACAGUGACAGAAAACUUUUAUCUAACAUUAGUAAAUAUGAAAACCUUGAGAACUGUUCACCACCUAAUAAUGAUGCAACAAAAGAAACUUCUGAAGCUAGCAAAGAAAUAAAUGAUUAUAAUUCAAUAUCAUCAAGUUGCAUGAAAGAAAACAAUAUAAAUUAUAGCAUAGACAAAAAUGAUGAAGCUUGUUUAGCUCACAAAAAGGUUAAAACUGACAUACUUAUUUCAGUCUUAGAAUCAAAUGUAAUGAACUUUUUAAAUUAUAUCCACAAACGAGGUAAACUUAUUUUAUCUGGUUGUAAAAUGAAUCUGGAAGUAAAUUUUCCUAUAAAACAGUGUCCUGCACCUUUUGAGAGCUCCAGAGCAAACAACAUUACAGGAAAUUUUCAUAUGGACCCAUUAAAGCUAACUCUGAUAGCAAACAAAAAGCACAGUAUUCCUCAAUUGUUAUCAGCCACUCCAGUAAUGGAGAAUGAGGAAGAAUAUUCAAAGUCUAACUUGGAUGAACAGGGGAUUUUUGCUGUAGAUUCUUGUGUAACAUCCAUGACUGCUUCAAACUGUCAACAGAUAUGUGAUGGAAAAGAGCUUCUAAAGACAAAACAGUGUUCUUUGAGUAAUUGCUUCCCUAUAGAUGGUAAUGAAACAAAUGUUACUGAGAAUUCUGAGUUGGACCUAACAUCAGCAACUGAAGAAAGUAAAAAUUACAGGAAAAACAUAAUGAAGAAGCCAUCUUCCAAUGCUGAUUUGCUGAUCUUAAAAGAUAAUAGGGAGGGCUCUUCAAGAAAAUGUAUUGCAAAGAGACGUAUUAAGGACAGAAAGAAAUGUGAAGCAGAACAAACCGAAAAAGCAAAAAAUUCACGUUACAAGAAAAGAAGGACUGAAACAACAGCUAUUAGGACUGCGUAUAAAAAUCCAAGGAAUAAUAUUUUAGAAGACUCCCGUUUAAAUGAUAAAAUAACUGAAAAUAACUUGAUUGAUUCUCAUGUAAGCAUUAAAAAUACUGUAGAGACAGUUUGCUUAAAUAGCACAGUUUCUAAUCAACUGAAAAAAAGGAAAGAGAAGGAGGGUGAAAUUAGAAGUAGUAACCACCCUCAGUCUGACUAUAUUUCCCAGCCAAGCAUUCUAGAAAUUAAUCAUAUGCCUGUUUCACUUGCCCAUUCUGAAACCUCUGAAGUCAUUACUCUUCCGACAAAGCCUACAUUGUACACAAGUGACUUAAUAGAAAAUCACUACUCAGUUGGUCAUAUGGCUCUUCUAGUUGAGCUCUCUCAGAUUUUGCAGAGGGCAGAUGAAGCAACAUCUUUGCAGCUUCUACAGGAAGAAUCUAUGGUUUGCCAAAAUAUGCUCCCUUUGUUUGUUCAGGCUUUUGAAAAAAAGCAAGAAUGUUCCCUUGAACAAAUCCUCAUUACAAGAGAAGUGUUGGUGGAACAAAACCUGUGGGAUAAUUGUAAACAUAAGUUAAAACCAUGUGCUGUUGACACUUUGGUAGAACUUCAGAUGAUAAUGGAAACUAUUCAAUUCAUUGAAAACAAAAGAAGGCUUUUAGAAGGUGAAGUGACAUUCAGGAGCUUGCUUUGGUAUGAUGACACAUUAUACGGUGAACUGCUUGGCAGACCACGUGGUUAUCAACAGCAGUCCAGUUUCUAUCCUGGUUUUCAAGGAAGGUUAAAAUACAAUGCCUUCUGUGAGAUGCAGAAUUACCAUAAUCAGUUAAUUGAAUUAUGUGAUGAUAUGAAAAGGAAAAAUAAUUCAUACUAUGCAUUUUUAAAAUACAAACGACAGAUUAGUGAGUGUAAGGCCGUAUUGAAGAACUGUUCUGAUUGUUUUGACUUUUCUCUGUCUGUUCCAUUUACCUGUGGAGUUAAUUUUGGAGACACUUUAGGAGACUUAGAAAAUGUAAGGAAAAGUACUUUAAAGUUGAUCAGUUUAUGUGAGAACUCAACUAAAACACACUUGUGCCCAGGAAAACAAGACCAUUUAUGGAUUAUCAUAGAAAUGAUCUCCUCAAAAGUUAAUUUUAUUAAGAGUAAUGAAGCAGUAAGUAUUAAAAUAGCUCUUUUUGGUCUGGAACAUAUCUUUUUUGAUGCUGCAAAAAAUCUUGUUUGGAAAGAGAAAAGACAGUCUUUCAGCAAAGAAUACUCACAGAAAAACAAAGAAAUGCUACUCAAAAUGAAUCAGUGUGCUUUUUCUAAGUUUCAAGAGAUAUGUGAUACCUUGUCUGAAGAUUUAAACAGUGAACAAAUUUCCAGUAUGCAGCUUGAGGAGGCUACUGUGAUGGCUUCCAGAAAGUCAGAAGAGCCAAUAAACAAAGCAAUAAUUAGCAUAGAAAACUGUAGAUUUAAUAAUACUUCGCUUUCACACCUAAAUAUUUCUUGUGUUGGUGAAAUAUUGGAUCAAGCUGAAUUUGCAGACUUUGAAAAAUUACAAGAUAUCACUAUGAGAUGUACAGAACACUUAGAAACUUUAAAAAAAUACUUUCAGGUGAUACAAGAAAACAUGGAUAAUAUUUUUAUUACAGAAGAAAACGUUUUGGAUGUGCUAAAAAAUCACAAACAGAGGGCUGUAAUUUUAAAACCUGCAGCAAUUGAAACAUAUAUUGAAAUUCUCAUGCUCUCAGAGACAGUUCAUUUUCUUAAAAACUCAAUUGCAAAGAAACUAGACAAACAGAGGUUUCGAGGUAUGCUUUGGUUUGAUUUGUCACUUCUUCCUGAGCUGGUUCACUGUCAAGAAAACAUGGCUUCUUUUUCAUUUCUUAAAGAUAACUCAGCAGAUUGUCUUUGGAAAGUGAUAGAGACUGCUAUUUCUGAAGUUAAGAAAGAUCUGGAUAUUAUCUGCAAAUACAGUGCAGCUGUUAAUUGCUCUUAUGCUUUUCAUUUGUUCUCAAGAGAAUUUAAAGAACUUACAGAAAUAAAAAAUCUUGUAGAGAAGUCUGAAUAUUCCAUUUCCACGUACAUUGACUUUGUGCCAUAUAUAGCAUCCAUAAAUUAUGGAAACACUGUGACAGAGUUAGAACAAAACUAUAGUCAGUUUUCUGCACUACUCAAAAAUGUGAUGGCUGCCCCUCAGAAAGAUUUGGGAAAAAUGGCCCAUAUUAUGAAAGUCAUGAAAACGAUUGAACAUUUGAAGAUUAUAUGUGUUAAAAAUGCCAAAUUAGCUAUUUCCUUCAUCCUAUGCCAAGUGCUAAGUAAUAGAAGGAGUACUUCCAAACUGAAUAUAAAAGGGAAUAUUGAUACUCAAGUUAGAAAACCUAGAAAAAAUAACAGUAUGUCCAGUAUUUCAAUGAAGCGUUCUGUUUCAGAGUACAUAACUAAAAGUGUUUCAAAUACUUCUAAAAAACAACCUGUCACUGCAGACAACUGUGAAGACUCACAGGAAAAAGAGAAAAAUACUACUGUUUCCAGUUGUAAAAAGCAAAAGGUUAACAUGAAAGAUGAGACCAAAAUCAACAGAAAAAAGAUAGCAGUCAAGCAUCCAAGGAUUGCAGGAUAUCACCCCCAAAAUGAAAACCAAGUGAGAUUGCAUUUAUCUGACAACCGAAGAAGAAAGCCUGUAUCUCCAGAAAAGGUUGAAAUGCAGAGAUCACCACUUGGCUCAGUCUCACCUUUAAAGAACCUAAAGGAGAGUUGCACUACAAAAGCAGAAAGCAAAGUAGAUUCAAUUAAUAUUUCAUUGGAUACUUCAGAACACCUCAGUGGGCAACAGGGAAGCUUAAAUAGAAUAAAGAAAAGACAUGUGAAUUUCACUGCUACUGAAACAAAAAGUGAUAUGAAAGAUUGUGCUGCUUUUGUGAUUUGUGAACAAAAGAGUGCAGAUGGCACAUUUUUGAAGGACCUUGAGACACCUCCUCAGAUAUUUCUAAAAGAUUCCCCAGAUCUCACACAGAAAUCUAGUCUUUCAAACAUAAAACCAGGAAAUAAUGAUUCUCUUGGGCAUCAUGCGUCAGUGCUGUCAAAGACUGUGUUACAUUUUGAUAUCCAUAGUAAUCUAGAAGUUAAUGAUACCAUCGUUGAAUUUCAAGAUAAUGAAAUAUUGAAUUCAUCUAUUAAAAAUUCUACAUGUACCAGUUCUCCAGAACCCGUAUGUAUUCAGGACAAAAUUCCUGUUCUGGAAAUAAAUAAAAUAGAGCCGGGAAAACCUGAGCUGGAGGGAAAAUGUUUGAAGGACACAUUGAAUCCCAGUAGCGUACCUUUUGGAGAAUCUGGGGACAUUAAACUUAAUGUGAAUCAAAGAGCAGAGUGCUCUUUUUUCGAUCCACAGACUGAUGAGAAUUCCAAAGUCCUAGCUCAGAAUGCUGCCUCAGAUUGGAAUGGGCUUCCACAGCUUCCCUACACCCCGCUGGGUAAUUCUUCUGAGCAUUCAUUUGGAACUUCGUAUCCGUACUAUGCUUGGUGUGUUUAUCACUACAGCAGCAGCAGUGGCAAUGCCAUUACCCAGACAUACCAAGGGAUAACAUCUUACCAAGUACAGCCGCCUCCUGGGAUGAUCACUGCAGUUGCAAGUACUGUCCAGAACACAAAUUCUAAUCAUCUUUACUCUCAAUCGUUUAGUUACUUUUCUGGGGAGAGACAAGCAAAUGGUUGGGUGCCAGUGAAUGGAUAUUUUCAAUCUCCGAUGCCAGUUUCUUACAAUUUUCAGCAGCCCACUUUUUCACAGUAUGCUUCUCAUCAACCAUUGCCACAGACUACAUACCCGUACCCUCCUAAUACAGGUGUGCUUCCAGAGGUUCCUUGGGUUUUUGCUCCAUGGCAACAAGAACCCUUUCAUCCAGGAUGUUGAAAGUAGUCUUCUGUCUACUGAAAUAAAGGAGAUUUAACAAGUU